AUGGCAUCGACCGUCGGAAGGCUGAGAAAAGCGCCCAGGAAGCCCGUGCCCGUGGCCAGCUCGCUACCGCAGCACGAGCGCUUGGACGGCAGCAGCGGGGGUCAGUCUACCCAUCCUCGCACCACCAGCGUCGGGUCCGGGGGCAGCGGUCAGCACCCACAUCGCCAACCACACAACAGCGGCAGUCCGAGCGAGUUCACGCUCCGCUACCAAGAGGCAUGGUCCGGCUUGCCUGUCACACGACGAUGCCCGAACACAGACAUUGUCGACGUUAUAGACGUUACCUCCCCCGCCGCGCGCCACCGCCGCCGCACCCGCGACGAAGCCGGGCUCGAUCAGCAGGACGGGGCGGUGGACGGGAGCAGCCCGUACGCUCCGACGUGGACGGUGGAGCAUGGCCGCCGGGCGCGAACGGAUGUGAUUACGUCGGUGGAGGAGGCGUUGGAGUGGGUAAGGGAGGCGGAGCGGAUGGAGGUUGGAAGGGAUGAGAAGGGGGAAGAAUGUGCGGUGUUGGUCAAGAAGAGGGUGGUGAAGGACGAAUCAGCAGCCCCUGUACGCAUCCGCCCCGCAACCCGCGCGCAGCUCGAUGCGUCGACACUGACGCUCGCGCAGGUCCUCCAGAUCCUGCACGCGGCCAAGGACCGGCGCCCGCGCGCGAUCAACGUCGGCAGCCGCACCGCCCUCGCGUUUGUCUUUGCCCGCCUCCUCACCGCCAAACUCACCGAGAUCGAAGGCGUGCCCUGGCGCCACGCCCUGGCCUUGCUCGACGAUGAAUGUGGCGCUAACAUCAUCGACCCCCCGACCCUCCCCCAGCUCCCCAAACGCUUCUGCUGGCUCCAACCGCACCCGCCCACCGUCGGCCUGCAACCCAUCGGCCUCUCCACCCCGCACGUCCUGCUCACACAUCCCAGCGUGACCUACCUCGAAAUCCUCGGCCUCUUCGACCCCUCCGCACCCCCGUUCCUCCCCCUCCCGCCGGCGCACACACCCACGCGGGACCAACUCCGCAAGGCAGUCUUCACCAAGAUCGCGCGCGAGGUCCCACGACACCAGCAAGCGGACGUCGUCGGCGCGCUCGCGUGGGGAGAGAAGCUGUAUGGACUGCAUGUCGCCGACCGCAGCUUUCCGAGGGAGGUUGCGGCCGGUGGCGCGUGGGUGGUGUGCGCGGACGAGGGUGUGCAGCCGGUGGCGGUGGGACGGGAGCCGCAGGAGGCGGGGAUGAUGAUGCACUCCCCGCAGCCGUGGAAUGAGACGGAGAGCUUUGUGGGGGCCGUCGGGAUGGAUGGGGAGGAGAGUCUGGUGGAUGUGAUGCUGGGCUCGGCUUUGGCGGCUGCUGCUCCCGCGCCCUCGUCCUCACCAGCACCUCGCGAGUAACUGAG